AUGUCUGCAGCCGAUGGUACUAGUAACAUCAAGAAUAAGAACUCGCACUGCGGUACCUGCGGCUCCGACCUGCACACUAUUGAGAGCGUUGGGGAUCUUUUGACGUGUCCGUGUGUGGUGGGUCACAAAAUUGUCGGUGAGGUGACGUUGGCUGGCCCCGAUGUUAAGGUCGGUGACCGUGUGGGUGUGGGUGUGGGUGUCGGCGAUCUAGCGUGUUCUUGUCUGAAGAAGGACCCCUCGGUUCCAUGCAAUGAAUGUUUGAGUGACGAUCACGCGUACUGCACGCACAGGGUCUUGACCUAUAACGACAAGUACAAGAAGAACGGAGAGACGUCGCAUGGAGGUCAUCCCGACUACGUGCGUGUAGCUCACAAGGACGCUUUCAAGAUCCUGGAUAAUAUUCCAUCCGACGGUGCUGCGCCGCUGCUGUGUGCUGAUACCACUGUGCUCAUAUCGCUAAAAGAGGAUCGUGUGAAGCCUGAUAAGCGUGUGGGUGUCGAGGACAUCGGUGAUCUUGGCCACAAAUUUGCCCAUGCCAUUGGUGACGACGCUGUAAUGGCGUUCUCUAAUAUGACGAAAAAGGAGGAGAAAAUGGCUGACCUGGGUGCGACGGAGUUUGUGAUAGACAAGAACAAAAAGCAAGCUGCGACUGUGAUCGGCUUGACGGAUGUUCUCCGGUCUUCCUACGCGAAGGUGCUAACUGCUAUUGCACUGCUGGCGUGUGUAGCUGCGAGGGUGGCCACCUCAGCAUGGAUGCCACAGGAUGUCAUGCGAAGCUCUCGCGCGUUGAAGGCAGCUCAUACGCCGUUCCAGGCCAAGCGAAACUUGAGGAUUAACGCGGCAAAGAGCGAUCACACCUAUAAUUUCGGAGAGAGAGGUGUGUCUCCUGUAGUCGUUGGACAAAGGAUGGCUAUGGAAUUAUCACCAGUUGAAGCUGCUGCCCUAGAAAAAUUGUCACAAAUGCAUGCUGGCAAUGUACAUGAGGCAGCUGGUAAUAUAAUACUUGGAAAAUUUUCGCAAAGAGUCGAGGGUUUCACACACUCGGACUCAAAGAGAGACAUAUAUGACCGUUUACUCAAGCUGUUUCUAGAAAAGGUCGAUGAGGACUAUACACUGGCCAUAUUGCUCUCUGCAGAAGCUAAGAUCGAGGAAACGAAAUCCUUCGCUGAACAUCUGCAAGCUGCACAGAUCCGGUAUUGGCACCAGAAAAAGAAAUCUGCGGCAGAUGUCUUCGAUCUUUUGAGGCUCGGCACGUCAAAUGAGAAUCUAUUUGAAAACCCAUUAUUGGGCAGAUUGGUUGAUUAUAUCAAGUCAAAAACACCGAAUAAGACGAUCUCAAGUGUGUACCCAACCUUGUACUCGAUCUUGUCAAGUAAGUUCAAUGACGAAGAUCUGGUCAAGACUCUAGUCGAAGGAGCAAAAGCUGCCGGGGAAGACUCCUUUGCUCCAAAACUGCUACUAAUGCGGCUGCUGAAGGGUCAAUUCGCUGGGGAAUCCGAUGAGACGGUUAUAAAUUUUCUGGGGUCAAACAAUCAGCGCCUAUUUACCAUUUAUCAUAAAUUUUUGUUUUUUUUUGACAAUGAUUCACCAGAGGCAAGUUUAAUUAAGCUCAAGGAGAUGUUUGGCGAAUCAAAGACUGUAGAGAUGCUCUAUACGACGAAUGAGGCGAGUGACGUAGCAACGCCGGCGAAGGACAUGCUUCAAGUACAAUUUGCUGAAUGGCAGAAAGAUAUAGUGGACGAUCAAAUGGCCGAAGAAUUGCUUGAGGAUGUUCCCAAAACCGUGGCCAAGGAAAUUGUUGAUAUGUACGUCAAUCACGUGAAUAGUUUUGCGGGAUACCCUCAAUAA